CCUGCUGCUGCUCCUGCUGCUGCUGCUCAGCUCAGGUCAGCUCAGCUAUUUUUGUUCUGCCCCACUCCUCACGAUCAAUUUGAUGUGACACGUUGACAUCCGGACGGAAGCUCAGCGCAGUGGGAAUAUGAGAGCUGCCUAGUUUCUGCUGUAAACAGGUGGCCUGCCUCUCCACAUGCAUCAUGCAGCAGCAGCAGCAGCAAGCACAUCCUUUGGACCUCGGGGCACUUUACUGUCCUCGGAAAGUUCAGGGGACGCAUCGCUAUCGCAGUUUCAUGAUCGAAGAGAUCCUCACCGAUCAUCCCGAACGCAAAGUUGCGGCGCCGACGAGAGAGCUUCUCAAAUUCGGAGUACACGCGCUCCUCUCCACUCGUGCGUUCCGUCACCAAAUGGCGUUAAAGGCUGACCGGACGAACGUGGUGAAGUUCCCCUUGGCCCCGCUGCCGUGCCCGCUCCUAUCGGCUGCGGCUGCGGCUGCGGCUGCCGCAGAUCUGCACGUCGGCGUGCCUUCACGCCAUUUGCCUCUUGAUCCUCACCUCCGGGCAAAAUUGGACCACGAAUCCGACGGAGCCAGCAAAAGCAAGAAGGGCCGCCGAAGCCGAACCGUGUUCACUGAACUACAGUUGAUGGGUCUAGAAAAACGCUUCGAGAAGCAGAAAUAUCUUUCGACUCCUGACAGAUUAGACCUCGCCGAGUCGCUGGGUCUCAGUCAACUCCAAGUCAAAACAUGGUACCAGAACAGAAGAAUGAAAUGGAAGAAAAUUGUGCUGCAGGGGGGGGGUCUGGAGUCACCCACCAAACCAAAAGGCCGUCCAAAGAAGCAUUCCAUCCCGAGCAGUCAGCAACUCUCGGAGCAAAAAAGAUCCAAUUCUGCCACCCAAGGCCAUUUUGAAGGCUCCAGCUCUCAUUUCACGAACACUAAAUAGGAAGGAAUGGACGGACUGAUUCAUUUCAGCCCUGUGACACACAUACAUACAUACAUACAUACAUAGUAUACUAAAGUCAGAAUUUGAACGGUGCGGUAUGAACAGCGGUCCUCAUCGAGCAGGAAUUCUUUUCAAACAAACAUCUUCCAAGAAAGUGGAGGCCUAUAUUAUAAUCAUCGCUCCGGCUCAUGGACCGGAGAGCCG